AUGGCGUUGGUGAACCCAAUCUGUGAUUUCAUUUGCUGCAGUGAUGUUCGAUCAAAGGCCUUCCAAGCAGUUGAACAGUUUUUGCAGAUAGUGAAGCAGUACCACGAAAAGACAAAUGCUGGAGAUAACAGUGAGCCUACAAGCUCAGGAAAUUCAUCAGUUCCAGGAAAUGCAAGUAUACUAGGAUGGGCCAUGAGCUCUUUAUCUAUCAAAGGAAAACCUUCUGAACAUACUCCACAUUUAUCUGCAAGUUCCAGUGCACCUAAUAUUUCUGCUGUCGUCAAUGCCAGCUCAGUGGUAUCAGAUGCCCCAAGUCUAACGAUGGUCCGUGCAAGUUCAACUGCUGACAUUGUUGAUCAACCUGCACCCGUGUCACCUACCUCAACUGAAGGAUGGGGUGAACUUGAGAAUGGUAUUAGUGUAUAUGAUCAAGAGAAUGAGAAAGACGGUUGGGAUGAUUUUAUGCCACUUGAAGAUCCAAAGACAUCCCCUGCUCUUGCAAGCAUCCAAGCUGCUCAAAAACGGCCCGUUACACAGACAAAACCACAAGUUUCAAAUAUGAGAGCGAAAAGCACGACAGAUUUGAGGAAAAGUGAAGAUGAAGAUUCAUGGGGUUUGACAUCUGGCCCUCCUCCAAAAGCAAAGAAACCGAGUGAUGAUGAUGACCCAUGGGCUGCCAUUGCAGCACCUCUGCCGACCACCAGAGCCAAGCCGUUGGGUGCUGGUGGCCGUGGCCGAGGCCGAGGGUCUAAACCUGCUCUACCAAAACUGGGUGCUCAGAGGAUAAACCGAACAUCAUCAUCAACUGGAAUCUGAGAAUUAGAUACAAAAAAUAGGAAAAGAGAAGAAAUAUAUAUAUACAGGUUAUGUAUGUAUAAGUAACUAGUGUUGUUACCAAUCAUUUGGGUUUGGUUCUGUUUUAGAAAAUGAUUAGAUUGAGUUCAUCAUUUUUAACUCUUGUACUUGAUUUGUAAUACCAAUUUUUCUCCAUUCUUUCC